AUGGGUAUAUCUCUAAUACAAGAAGAUGACAAUCUUUUUUUGAAGAAGUGCGAAACUCUCCAAGAUUCAAAUUAUCUCAACUUUAUCGUGUCAAUCUUAAUUCUGCUCGGAAUAUUAAUUUCAUAUUUCCCCCAACACUAUCGCAUCAUAGCACGCCGUACCUCAGAAGGAAUCUCGCCAUAUUUCAUUGUAUUGGGAGUGACAUCAGGAACUUGUGCAUUAGCAAAUGUUCUCACUCUUCCAGCCUCCCGAACCGAAAUCGCAUGCUGUAAAGUCAUCAGCACUUUCGAAUGCACCUCCGGCCUCCUCGGAAUAGCUCAAGUUGCGGCGCAAUGGGCUUGUUUCAGUCUCAAUUUAAUUUUAUUUCUCAUCUUCUUUCCACGCGCCACAAUAUACUCCAACCUCAGUGAGUCCAUGAUAUAUACAUGGCGUACAGCUCUUACUGUUACACUCACUUGUAUUUCUCAUGGAUUAAUUGUAGCUAUGAUUAGUAUAAUUUUUGCAGUUAUUCGACCAAGCUACCUCAACGGUUGGGCCAACUUACUUGGUAUUGCUGCAACAGCACUAACACUGACACAAUAUCUGCCACAAAUUACGAUGACGUGGAAAUUGGGACAUGUCGGAAGUCUCUCGAUACCAAUGAUGCUGAUCCAGACACCAGGAUCGCUUGUUUGGGCUGCAAGUUUAGCGUCAAGACUAGGGAUUAAUGGAUGGAGCACAUGGGGCAUUUUUCUAGUGACUGGCUUUUUACAAGGUAGUCUGCUUGUCAUGGGGAUCUAUUUCGAAUUGACCCGACGAAAUACUAUCAGGCACGACAGGGGCAUAUUACAACGAGGCACACCUGAGAGCGACGACGAGGGUGGUCCAGUGGGGCAAGAUCCACUAGGAUCAGACGAGACAAGUCCGCUCCUUCACAGUAAACCAAAAUUAUCUACUUCAGUACGGAAGUAG